CAGCGCUGGAGUAGUAUCGCCAUUUCAUAUGAUGGCGAGUGGUUGCCACAUCUCUUCGUACCGCUACAAAACGCUGCAGGUUUUGUUGGCCGCUUUUGCCGUGGUGUCCAUCAUUCUUGUAAUCAUCCAAGUAAUCCAUCAGCAAUCAGUCGACAGCAUUUCUCUCGAAUUAAAAGGCAAAUUAGGCCUAAAAUUGCAAGAGCACGGACCAUCCCAUUCCAUAAAGCGCUUCUUCAACAGCCAGCAGCGUCAGUACAAUUUGAUGGAGGAAAUAACCAAUAACGCCAAAGUCUCCAACAACUUUGGCAGCAAAGAUUGCACAAUAGAUUACAUGAAUGCUAACAAACUGCAGCAAGAUCACCCGUGUGUUGUUGAAACGAUUCGACAGCAUUACUUGAACAAACCCUCGCCACCGCAAGUUCCGCUCAAACUGAGUUCCGACAACGACAACGAUCGAUCGCCUGGACAGACUGGCGUCAUUUUCAGGCUCCUGAAAAAUCAGACGAAAGGCUUCUUCGCCGAAUGUGGUGCACUAGACGGCGAGUACCUGUCAAACACGAUCGAUCUGGAACGGAAAUUUAACUGGACCGGCUUAUUGAUUGAAGCCAACCCGCACGUUUUUGAAAAACUUUUGUCCCGAAACCGCAAAGCUUGGACGUUGCCCAUUUGUUUGAGUUUGGAACCCUUUCCUACCAAGGUCAAGUUUCAACCGAAGCAAAACACUGGCCUUAGUCACAUUGAGGGUGAAGUGAAAACAUUGCAGCAGCCGGGAGUUCCAGGCGUCGAUCCUGACAUGAUAACCGUCCAGUGUUUCCCGUUUUAUUCCGUCCUGCUGGCCGUUGGGCGAACUCAAAUCGAUUUUUUUAGUCUCGAUGUCGAAGGUCACGAGCUGAAAAUCCUCAAAACUAUUCCCUGGCAUAAAGUUGACAUCAAGGCACUGACGGUCGAGUGGGACAAUAUGGUGGAGGGCCAAGAGGCCCUGUCCACUUUCAUGGAGGAUAGCGGAUUCAUCCGAGUCGGGGCCUUUGAUUUCCAGUACACCAGAGACAUCAUCUUCAUUCAGGAUUUAAUCAACAAUGUCCAACAAGGAUGAUAUCAGUAGCCUAAUAUCCAGUCCAUGCCGAUGGAUUUUUCUUUUUCUUCUUGACAAAUAAAAAUGAAAUUCAUUUAAAGAUUCGAUCCAAAGUUCUCAAUCGAACGUUGUUGACUCUUUUUUUUUUAUGAGAAAGAACUAGAAAUCGUUGACUUUCGAAAUUAAAAUUCCUUAUAUCGAUCCGACCGAAAAAUUCGGCAGCAAAUAAUGAUAAUGUAUGACGAUUAAGGCUUUUGAAAUGUUUGUUUCCUUAUUAUCUGUAAUAAUAUUUCUGUGCCGGCGAGCCCGAAAUGUAUUAUUUUACGAUGUUAUUGACUUAUUGGAUGUAUUAUUACACUUUUUUAUUAUUACA